GGGAUUCCUUCGAAACAAAAACAAGAACAACUUCCCGUUCCCGGCGACACGACACGAUUCGACGAUCGGCAUGGACACCGAAGAAGAUCUCUUGAACGACGUCGAUGAUCUCCACGACGAUCUGGGCGGCGACGACGAGUGCAAAACGGAAACCAUGGAGGGCAGCGAGAACGAAAACGAGAGCGAAAGCGUCGUCGACGAGUGCAUCCGCCUCGAUUGCUAUCCGUAUUCCUUCAGCCCGCUCCUCUUGUUCGCGCCAGGUGGGUAUUUCGACAAGGGCUAUUCCAACUACAACGCCGUCGCGAGAUACUUCUCCCCCGCCAUUGGAUCGAAUUACAACAUGCUCGAGAACGUGGUGUACGACCGAAAGAAUAUGCAGUACGACGAAUUGCUCAACUACGUCAUGGAUCGGCACUGCCUGGUCGUCUGCUGCAUCGAUGCCCACUUCACCGCCUUUCAGUUUCUGGGGGACGGCAGCGAGACAAAGCCAAAGCCAAAGGCCUCGUCGUUGCUGUACUACGAUCCGGCCGGGGGGCGCCUGCAGCUGAUCAAUGGGGACUCGGCCAAGAGGUUUGCCCUCUUCCGCUUGAUGAAGUGCCACUACGGAGACAACCAGCACAUCAUCGACAACCCGAACCAUUACAAGGGACACAGCAACCCUGUUCGAAAACUGAUAUGGCAGAUCUGGAAAAGCAUCAACCGGAUGGAAGACAUCAACGUGACGUCCCGCUCCAUCGAUCUGAAUCUUGGCGAGUACGUCUUUCUCAACCAGCCCGGAAACACGAGGGCCAUGUCGAAGCAGCUUACCGGCUGCACCUGCUAUUUCCAGGCAUUCCUGUUUGGCGUACUGUGCAAGGUCGGAAAGCCGUACGUAUCGGUGUCGGGCGACGACAUCGGCCUGGACUACGGCCGAUCGAUCAGCUUUUCCAACAAGGAAGAACUGGGGCCGGUCACCAGAAGGAUAUGCACCUUCUUGCUGGAAUUCUUUGCCGAGGACCAACCCGACGAGGGUGGAACGCUGCUGAUGCGCCCGAUGACAAACAACAACUUUGUUCUGGACUUUUUUCGAUACAAAUCCUCGCCCUACUACCACAAGAUGGUCGACUACCUACAGAAAUGCGGGACCGAGGACCGCACGACCGGUUACGGCGACGACUACUACGAACAGCAAUACCGCCACGUCCUACAGUACUACCAGGAAACAAAAUGCCUGCACCGCUACGACAAGUUUUCGCUCGGUGGGGCCACAAAAUCUACCGCAAACACGAAAACGCUCAGUUUCGUGCUAGGCACGGACGGCGCCGCCGGGAAGCUGGCGAGGUCGGACUAUUACAAAUUUCGGGUAAGUUCCGCGGGGAAGAACAACUUGGUUCGAGAAAGGAAAGCACUCAUCGUCGUACUGUUUCUCCAUUGGAUAUUGCAAAACAGGCCGCCAACUUCAUGUUCGGUUUCAACGUGAACGUAAUCCUGAACGUCGACGACUUCCACGAGUUCAACUCGCUGCGGAAAAACCAGUUGCUAAGGUUUUACCAAGACAUCGAACCGAUCGUUGGUGACUGCAGGGAGGCUCUUCAGUCUGCGAGGGGAGCCACCAAAUAUAGGGACUACUGUAAGUGUACCGGUGCGUUGUGCCUUUGCAUUUUUGCAUUCUCGAAUCGAAGCUGAUUCACAAGUUUUUUCUUCCAAUUGUGUUUGGUUGUGCAAUGCGUGUGCGAAAAAACAAUCAUCUCCACAGAUUUUAUGGGGCAAUACGAAGUCGGGCAAAAAGAGCUGAUCGACCUGCACUACUACACCUAUAUCAUCGACCAUUGUUCACUAGAACGAGCAGAUAGCAACUUAGUAUCACGCGUUCACGGGGUAAACCAGAUGCUGCUGAAACACAUCUUUGUUGUAAGUUCUUGCCCGAUGCUUGUUCGGAUAAAGAAAAGUCGACCUUGUCGUGUUCCGAUCGUGCUCAAUCCUGUUUGUUUAUUUUCGUCUGCAUCGACUUUCUUCGAAUUCUUGUCUUUGUAUUGCUGCAAGGGUAGUCUACAAACAACAAGAACAACUACGACAAAAUGCUGAGUACCGACCGUUUCGUAGGCCACAAGAAGGAUUACCGUGCAUUUCUCGAUACUUUCAUGACGGUGGAUUUUCUGAAAAACAAUGCAGGACUUGGUUUUACAGAUU